CCUCAGUCUGCCAUGGAACCUGGCCCUGCCCUGGCCUGGCUCCUGCUCCUGAGCCUGCUGGCGGAUUGUCUGAAAGCCGCUCAGUCGCGAGACUUCACAGUGAAAGACAUUGUCUACCUCCACCCUUCAACCACGCCAUAUCCUGGUGGAUUUAAGUGUUUCACCUGUGAAAAGGCAGCAGACAAUUAUGAGUGUAACCGAUGGGCUCCAGACAUCUACUGUCCUCGAGAGACCAGAUACUGCUACACUCAGCAUACAAUGGAAGUCACAGGAAACAGCAUCUCUGUCACCAAACGCUGCGUUCCACUGGAAGAGUGCUUGUCCACUGGCUGCAGAGAUUCUGAGCAUGAAGGCCACAAGGUCUGCACUUCCUGUUGUGAAGGAAAUAUCUGUAACUUGCCACUCCCCCGAAAUGAAACCGAUGCCACAUUUGCCACAACAUCACCCAUAAAUCAGACAAAUGGGCACCCACACUGCAUGUCAGUGAUCGUGUCCUGCUUGUGGGUGUGGUUGGGACUCACAUUAUAGCAGCUCAAAGAUGCCAUGUAUAGUAGCAAUCCAUGGGGAUCUCCAUGGUCCAUAGUCAUGCAUGAGUCGUUGGCUUGACAAUAGUUACACAUGGGAAGACAGAUGUCUUCACAGCCAAGCAUCGCCAUUUACCAUGAGGAACAAGCGUUGUGUCAGUGUAGUCAUUUCAAGUCCAAGACCUCAUCAAAGCCAGCCUGCCCCCAAAAUAGACCCUGAGUCAUAUACCACGAACCUUUCUUUUCACUCCAGGAAGUAGUUCUGCAUUUAUUGAUGUCUGAGUCUCUUUAUUUGGAAUACAUGCAUGAGCCACAAGAGGUCCUGGGACCCUUGAGAUGUUAGAUGAUAUGUUAUGUGGACAUGCAUAGAUGUGUGUGUUUCAGGAAAAAGGUAAAGACCACUGGUUUGGAUAUGACUUUAUUUAUAGCUUUAGAAUUUUAAAACUUUGAUUCCAAAAGGAACAGACUGUUUCCUUGGAGACUCUGACUGAGUCCCUAAAAAAGUAGUAUGUAGUUGUCCAAUUUAAUUUUCCCAACAUUUUUCUCCCAGUGGUGGGAAUCCUAUUCCCUCUGCUCUCUGUGGGAAAUAAAAGGCAAUCAUAAAUUUGUUGUAUAGGGGGAGGGCUAGCUGGAGAAAGAUUUUUCCCAACUUAAUGGAACUAUUAUCCAUAAAGUACCUUGCAUAGCCUUGCAUCAAAAUUGGUGAGAUUGACCUUGAUUUGGCACAUCAUUGUGCUCCAUGAGAUCCUGGGUUCUACCUGGGCCAAAGGGUAUCCAAAGAGUCCCAAAGCAGGAUGGAGUUUUCUCCAGUCAUGGGUCUAUUCAGGCAUAGAUAAUCUAAGGAGAGAGAGGAUAUCAGAAUGAAAGGAAAGAUACAUGUGCAGGUUGACCCGAGUUCACCGCGAGGGCCCAAUCAGUAGCUUAGUCAGAUUGUCCUUCUGCACUUCAUACUGCCAGAGAGCCCUCGGGGUUCUUCCUCUUUCAAAUCCUCAGUGACUUUAGGGAGAAGGUUCUACACUACAUUAUCUCAAGACUGAUAGGGAAGGAAGACAUAAUAUCCUAGAAUGAGAAGGAGGUAAGCCAGUUGGGUGAUGGUGAGACUAGUAAGGAGACCCAGGGGGAGUUUUUCUUUUAGGUGAUUGCUUUUGAAGUAGAUGGUAAAAUUUUUGCCAUCCUUCCUGUAUUUUUUGGCCUGAGUUACAACUUUUUCUUCUUCCUUGUAAAUCAUUUAUACAAUAUUUAUUUUUGUAUGGGGUAACUAGAAACUAAAAUAUAUUGUAAAAUGUUCUUUAUUCUAAACAAAAUGACUGAAUUAGAAUACUUAUUUUUCAACAGUGGUAGAGCCUGUAAUAUAUGUUUGUUGAAGGUUAUCUAUAAUACUUGCACCAGUGUUGAAAAAUAUUAACUUAUGUUUGAGCAAGAGUAAUGUGUUGGCCUCAAGGGUUUCACUCAUUGUUUCGUCAGUGGUGUUGUCCCAGAAAUGUUCAGGUGGUGACGAUCACUGAUAUGAGUUUCUCUGCAGGGUUAUGGGGCAUAUUUUCAUGAAAUUUGGUGGAGCCAUUGCUGAUAGACAGGAGAGCAUUGUCAGGGUCCAUCUGCCCUGCACUGGAAAAUGUCUGUGGCUCAUAAAAUGAGGCCCCCUCAGGGAUUACCAAAUAUGAACUGAGAGCGGUAACUCUGAUACAAAAUAAUCUAAAUUGCAUCAAAUGGCCUUAAAUCAGAGUUUGGUAGGGUUAUCAAUACUUUGCUUAUAACUGGGGUGAGAGAAGUAGAGGGAAAGAAAGCAAGAUAUUUACUAAGCACCUCUUAUGUGGCAGGCACUAUGCUAAGCACUUUAUAUAUGUAUGUAUGUAUUAAGUCCUGUAAAACCUGCAAGCACCCUGAAAGGAAUAUUACUAGUAUUUUCACUUUACAGAUGAAGGUACUAAGGCUCUAAGAAGCUCAAUAACAUGAAGCCUUUUCCUCCCUAUUUAAGUUAUAUAGGUUGAGGUGGGAUUGAAGAGUGCAGGGACAAUGGAAUUACCACCCCUAGGAAAACUUCCAGACCUGACCAUGGGAAUUUGACCCUCUGAUCAUGUGGAGUUUGUCUAGUCCUGCCUCUGCAGGAUGCCAUUUGUGUGGGUCCCCUAGAUGGUGUUUUUUCUUUAAGGGGUGGAGGUACAGCUUCCUAGUUCAUUCCUCUUGCUAAAAGAGGUAACAGGUCAAUUGCUAUAAUUGCUAGAAAUGCUUUAAGACAGUGAAAACUUGAUGUUGUACAUAUCUACAAGUACCAUUUUUUGUGCAUGGCCACUCUCCACUGAUACCUGCCAAGUACUGCAUGCAAUUUGAGUGAGAGACAGAAUCCAAAUGCUGGUUCUUAAUCAUAAAGCGACCACUCCAGAGCUUCCCUGUCUGGUGUGCAGGGACCAAGUCCACAGUGAUGUGAACUCAUCUGCCACCCGGGGGAUCACUGCAAACUCUACACAGAUUUGACUGCAUGCACCUUGAGUGCCUGUCAGAAUGGCUGACGUUUCAUUCUCUUGAAAGAAAGUGGUUGGCUCACCUUCCCCAGCCUCAAGAAGCCAAGGAAGGGCCAUUCGUGUGGAAGGCCCAGGACUGGUCAUCCAUCUGACUUUUAUACCACAUUAAACUUUCCCUCAAAUCCCACCAUUGGUGACGGCUUGAAGUGCAAACAGCCAUGAUGUGUACAUUAACCUAUGUGCCACUUAUUUAUUUUCAGACUCCCCAUAGCAUUCAUGUCAAUAGAG